AGCUAGCACUCAAUUAUUGAAAUAUUGUACAAAGAAAAAUGGCUCACGUCUCGUCGGGAAAUUCCAACCCGGCGGGCGGCGGCGGGGCCAUAGCAGUUCUCCCAGCUACCCAGUCCCUCUCUUUGCUUACAGCUCUUUAUUCACCAAACCGAAACUACUCUGUAAGUGCUAGUACCUAGAAGCCAUGAUUUCCCGAACCCUUCUCGUGCUGCUCUGCUCCACCUUGCAUUCAAUUUUGGCCUCCUUGCCGCCCGACGGCGCGUACCCAGUCCCACCCAUCAUCGGCGGCCUACGUCUUAGCUCCGGUGGAAAGAUCAUCGACAUCACCCACAGGUACGUGGAGGAGAUGCCGGCUUACGGGGCGGAGGAAGGAAUGGGGCAGGUGGUACGGCUGGUUGCCAGCUUGAAGAACGGCUCCAACGCCAACUGGUCGGAGUUCAAGAUGUCGGUCCACUCCGGGACGCAUCUGGACUCGCCGGCCCAUUUCUACGACGAAUACUUCGACGCUGGGUUCGAUGUCGACACUCUUGACUUGGAAGUUCUCAAUGGCCCAGCCUUGUUGGUUGAUGUUCCCAGGGACAGCAACAUUACUGCUAAAGUUAUGAAGUCAUUGCAAAUCCCAAAAGGAACUAGGCGUGUGUUGUUCAGGACUCUAAAUACGGAUAGGCAUUUGAUGUUCAAGGAGUUCGAUUCAAGCUUUGUCGGGUUCAUGGCCGAUGGGGCACAGUGGCUUGUGGACAACACGGACAUCAAACUUGUUGGAGUUGAUUACUUAUCUGCUGCUGCCUUUGUCAACGGUCGCUCAGCUCAUCUAGCUUUCCUGAAGAGCAGGGAAAUCAUUCUCGUGGAAGCUUUGAAGCUUGACAACGUUGAAGCUGGACUGUACAAUGUUCAUUGCUUGCCCUUGAGGCUGGUUGGAGCUGAGGGAUCGCCAGCGAGAUGCAUUCUCAUCAAAUAAUUAUCUGCGUAAAGCUUUAUGCUCUGCUGUAAUUUCAAGUAAUGGCUACUGGGAAUAUUUCUAGUCAUUGCUUGCCUAUGUGGCUAUGACCAUGUUAUCUAUCUACAAACGGUCAAUCCUCGAUGUUUAUUAUUAUGUGAUUUUCGUCCAUGACUGUAAUGUGACCAGAUUUUGCUGCACUACUCACGAAUGAAUAAGAUUCUCGCGGCAAGGGCCACCUAUGAUUACCGUAUUCAAGUUGAUGCACUUUGCUGGAGGCUUACAGCUAGUAAUUGCAUUUCUUUUAUUGGAAUUCACAUUUCUUUUAGUAACCAUGCUUCAAAAUGGUAAUAAGUAGAUGCUGCAGACGAAACAACCUCUUGCUGGCUGGCUUUCUGACAAUCAGGAGGCAUUUCUUCAGGUUGAAAUAACCAACCAGUUGUAAUAGAAAAGCUCUCUAGGCAUUGACUUUAAACUUCCAACUGAUCCAUCAGAAGAAGCAAAGAGGGUAUUUGCAGAGUCACAUAUACAGAAUACCAUGUGAACAGAUUUUGUUUACAAACACACCUUGAUUCUAUUUGGCAAAAUACACUUGCAUAGCCAUAACUAUCCACUUUGUGCCAAUAAUAGUCAAGUUUUGAAAAAUACACAGAUAUAGCCAUUCCGUCAUAAAUUUAACGGCAACGUCAUAUAUGCUGACUGUACUAACGUUUUAUAGUGACAGUGGUCAAUUUUUCGUUAAAAUCAAUUCCAGGUGGAAAAGUUUCUUUUAAUUAUCUAGUUAUUAUUAUAAUUAUAUUUAAAAUAAAAUAAUAAAAAAGAAAAUUGAAAAGUCGUGCACACUGAAACCCCUCCAUCUUCUUUCCAUCUCCGCUUUAGCUAAUUGGAAGCUAAUCAUUCAAACAAAAAAAAAUAUUUCUUUCCAUCUACCCUAGAUCCGUCCCGAUCUUCUCCCUGAGAUCCCUCCCCAUCACUCCAGAUCGAAGGCGGCACUCAAUCAACGAACACACUCAUCCGCCAAUCCACCCAUCCGUCGAUUCACCCCUCAAUUUGGCCCAGCUCGUCUUCCCGAUUCACUUCUCCACCUCUGUUCCGGCUUCGACAAAGGUAGCCAUGCAUCAUCUCCAUGGCGGCGAAGACAACCGCUUGUGCUCUUCCCUCCUCUUCCAUAACAGAUUUUGAUUUGUGGAUUUGUUUCUGCUCUCGUGCGGCGUGGCGGCUUCCAACGAUGAUGAAUGGAUCUGGGUAGCACCACUGCGAACGACGACACCGUUGGGGCUUCUUGGCUUUCUUGCCGUCUCCUAUGUCUCGGACUCACAGAUCGAGGAAGGAAGGUCCAUCUGGAGAGUUGGGGAUUUAUGGGUUUUGGGAUUUUUGUUGCAGGAAAGGGGGAGAUAAGGAGGAUGGGCAACGAAAACAUGAUUGUUAAUUUGGGGUUUUGAUUAUGGGUUUUCUUUGACGAAAUCAGGUGUUCGACAUUGUCGUCGGGAUUAGGUUUGGGAAUAUGUAAAUGAGAAAGGGUCAAAACAGGGGACUAUGUUUUUUGGAGGGUUUGAUAUGAAAAUGGUAGGAAGAGAUGUGAUGGUUUUGCGGCAGAAGCUACUUUUCAUAGCAGCUCCGGGUAGUGGGGACUGGGAGGUCGUCGGGAGAGAAGAAGGAGAGGACGAGGGAUUCUAGAACCGGAAUUUUUAUCGACGGUAGGAGGUCGGCGAGUGACGGCCGACGGUCUGCGUUUUAGAUCUCGUGUGGAAGGAAGGGGAAAGGAGAAUGGAAAAAAAAUAACUAGAUAAUAAUUUAAACUGAGGUGGCAGACACUUAGGUGAUGUGGAUCUGAUAAGUAGUUUGCAUUUGAUGACGUGUAUGUCCACAUCAGCAAAAAGUUAACGGAGUUAAAGUUUCUAAUAGAAAUGGCUAAAUUUG